AUGUCAGAUGUCAACCAACAACAACUUCAAUCUUUGGUGUUAUCAGCAGAAUUAAAUUCUGAAAAUGAAAAUCUUGAACAAUUAGGUCCAAUAAUUAAAUCUAUAUAUGAUACUGGCACGCAAGAAGCUUUCUUGGACCAAUUAUCAAUUUUUGUAAGGAAGAAAGAAGGUGAAAUAGAGAGAAUGUGCAAUAGCAAUUAUCAGGUAAGGCAAGGAACGGUUAAUCUUAAAAACAAAAUCAUCCAUUUAAAUGAUGACCUUCACAAUUCAGGAAUAAAAGUAGCAGCAAAGAAAAAAGAACUUAUUCAAACCAGAAGAAUUCAAAAAAAUAUUGAUGAAGCAGUUGAGACACUUCAAUUAUGUUUACAUAUUCUUGAUCUUGCUAAUAGAGUCACUCAUUUAAUUGAAAGCAAAAAAUACUAUUCAGCUUUGAGAACACUAGAAGAAUUACAAAAUGUUCAUCUAAGAAAAGUGAUACAAUAUGAAUUUGCUAAACAUAUGCAGGAAUCUAUACCUGCAAUGCAAAAUAAUGUUAAAGAUGCAGUGACCAAGGAAAUGAAAGAAUGGUUAUUUAAAGUAAGACAAGAUUCUAGACAAGUUGGAAAAAUUGCAAUGGAACAAAUGAGACUACGUCAAGAGCGUUGGUCUAAUAAAUUAGCUCAAAAUCCAAAUUUACGCGUUGUUCCUAUUGAUUUUAAACCAUUAUAUCAAUGUUUACAUAUUUAUGAGGAACUUGGAAAAAGAAAUGAAUUCAAAACCAAUUAUGAAGAAGAUAGAAAGGCACAAGCAAAUUUGGUCCUAUCGCAGUCCUUUUCCUUGAAAGCAGGUCGAGAUAAUGGUGGAUUUGAAGCCUUUCUUCAAGAUGUAAUUGGAUUUUUUAUAAUAGAACGUACAAUUGUAUAUUCUACACAAAAUUUCCGAUCUCAAACAGAUGUUGAUAAUUUGUGGAAUACAGUAAUGAUUAAAGUUGUGAAAAUUGUUUCAGAUAGUUUAUGUGAUUGCCAUGAUCCAGAUUUAUUUUUAAGAAUUAAACUUGCUUUAUUUACUUUUAUCCAAACUCUUGAGGAUUAUGAAUAUAAUGUUCUUAGCUUUACUGAUUUGGUUCUUACUGUUUUCCAAAGAUAUUCUGAUUUGCUUAAACAUAAAUUUUCUAAAGAUUUUCAACAAACACUUCUUAUUGAUGAUUAUAUGCCAAUGCAAAUCACUAAUCCGGAAGAAUAUGCUGCUGUAGUUGAUACUUGUUGGUUUAAAGAAGAUCACAGGAUUACAUAUCCGUGUUGUUGUUUGGAUAUCAAAAGUUUUAUUAAUCAAUAUUAUGAAUUUGCUGAAGGUGAUGCAAGACGAUAUAGUUAUGUUGAUGAUAUUGCAAAACAGACAUUAGAUAUUUUAUUAAUAGAACAUCUUAAUCAAGUUUUGUAUGAUAAAUUGCAAAGCACAAAUAUGUCACAGAUUGUUCAAAUUAUUAUUAAUCUUGAAUAUUUAGAAUAUGCUUGUGUAGAGAUUGAAAAGUUAUUGAAAUCCAAAAGAUCAUCCCAUCGAGGAGGAAAAAUUAAAUUGAAUGCAUUAGAACAUUUUCGUGAGACUCGAAAAAAAGCUGAAAAACGUAUUUAUGAGCUUGUGAAUUUCAAGAUUGAUGAUUUUUUAGAAAUAGCCGAUUAUGACUGUUCAACAUUAUAUAAUCUUCCAAUGACAAUUAAAAUAUUCAUAUAUCUGGUUGCAUUAAGUCAUUUAUCAACUUCUUUACGUAAUUUAAUUUUAAGUCCUGAUGUUAAAAGAAUUAAUUCAAAUGCUAUAGCAAAUUUUGAUGUUGAUGUUAAUUUUUUAGAGCAAUUUGCUCAAAGUCUUGAAGAUCCACAAAUAGCUGAUGCAUUCAUAGAAUUAAGACAAAUUGUUACCUUACUUCAAUCUGAAAAUAUAGAAGAAUAUUUAAAUCCUUCUACAAGGAACAAAAAAUAUUCUGGAUUAAAACCAUCUGACGUUAUAAACUUAUUUGAAAAGUAA